AGGUUGUUGAAGGCAGCGGUGAUAGUACAGCACGCAUCACCGAGCACGGCCAGCGAGGUAUAACCGCAGGAUUAUCUUCCCCGCUCCAUUGCUCGCUCCUGCUUCAUCAUGGUUGUUCUGGCAGCAUCGAUAUGCACUCGCGGCGGCAAGGCCGUCCUGUCGCGGCAGUUCCGCGAGAUGCAGAGGUCGCGCAUUGAGGCUCUUCUGGCAUCUUUCCCCAAGCUCGCCGACUCUGGAACCCAGCACACCACCGUCGAACAGGACAACGUCCGCUACGUCUACCAGCCCCUUGACGAACUCUACAUGGUCCUGAUCACCAACCGCCAAUCGAACAUUCUCCAGGAUAUCGACUCGCUCCAUCUGUUUGCCCAGGUGGUCACCAGCAUAUGCAAGAGCCUCGAUGAGCGUGAGAUUCUCCGCAAUGCCUUCGAGUUGCUCAGCGCUUUCGACGAGCUGGUUACGCUUGGCUACAGGGAGAACCUCACCCUGAGCCAAAUCAAGACGUUCUUGGAUAUGGAGAGUCACGAGGAGCGGAUCCAGGAGAUCAUUGCAAGGAACAAGGAGCUCGAGGCGAGCGAGGAGCGCAAGAGGAAGGCGAAGCAAUUGGAGAUGCAGCGCAAGGAGAUGUCCAGGAGCGGCCGCAGCGGCACUAUCCCCCGCACUCCUUCCUACCCCACGUACACUCCACCCGUUCCCACGACCGUUCCGGACACGUACGACAGUUACAAUGCGGCGAAGCAAGAGUCCAAGAAGCCGAUGCCGGUCAGAAGCAAGGGCAUGCAGCUGGGCAAGAAGUCGAAGACCACGAACAUGUUCGAUGCUGUCCGCGCCGACCUUGGUCCAGACGCCGAGGCUUCGGCUCCUUUGGUGUCCAACGCGCCUACGCCUGCGGCAGUUGCUUCGCCAGCUGCACGCGCAUCACUAUCUGCGGACCGUGAAGGUGUCCACAUUACAGUAGCUGAAACCAUCACCGCAAGACUCAGCAGAGAGGGUUCUCUCGAGCACUUUGAGGUCAAGGGUGAUCUGCAGCUGCGCGUUUCCGACUCCGCCUUGACACAGGUCAGGUUGGAUCUGGACAUGGGCAACACGCGUGGCGCGCAGCUCAACUCGCACCCCAAGGUCGAUAAGCCGUCUUUCAGAAACGAGAAGGUUAUCCAACUGGCGGACACAACUAAGGGCUUCCCCGCCAACAUGGCGGUUGGCGUCCUCAAGUGGAGGAUGGUCGCUAAGCCAGGCGAGAUUGACGACCCACCGAUCACGUUCACCGUCUGGGUCAGCGAGGCGGGCAACAGCACGUGGAAUGUUACGGUGGAGUAUGAGUUGACCGGUGGAGAUACGCUGAAGGAUGUUGUCGUCAUGAUUCCUUACAGCACCAGCGAGCCGUCGGUAUCCAGCUUUGAUGCUGUCUACGAGGUGUCUGGGGACAGUCUGGAGUGGAACAUUGGCACUGUGGAUGCUUCAAACUCGACAGGAAGCUUCGAGUUCGAGGCACAGGCGGACAGUGACUCCGAGUUCUUCCCCAUGAAGGUGCGCUUCGCGAAGUCGAGGCCUUUUGUGGAAGUUGAUGUGUCGUCCGUCACGCUGCUGAACAUGAAUGAGGAUGUCUCGUUCUCCAAGGAUAUCAAGUGUGUCGCGGACAACUACGAGAUCGUGUAAUGAGUGAUGUUCGAAUGAGAUAGUGGAGGAAGGGUUUAGGAAGGGCUCGUGCAAUGGGCUGCAGAUGGAAUUUUGGAAGAGCGGUAACUCGUCUGGCAGUUCCAUACAUGCAGGUGCAGAAGCCAGGCUGCUGUUACUACAAGAUCGCAAAAC